UCUAUCCCUGUGUCCUCUCAGUCACACACCCAGAGAGACUCAAAGAGACAGACAGCAUGAGGCUCGGGCUGAUCCUCCUGCUAGCCGGGCUAGCUACUGUGUUUGCUGCAGAGGAGUCAUGCAUAGACCGUUGUGAGAACGGCUUCGACUCCAAGAAGAAUUGCCAGUGUGACACCAUGUGUCGGUACUACAAGAGUUGCUGCUCAGACUACGAGACCGCCUGUCGUAUGAAAACACGUGGGGACACCUUUGAAUUUGCAGAGGAUGAUGAUGGUCCAUUUGCCCCUACAACGCCCGCCUCCCUGACCAAACCUGAAGACGGGGAAUCCAGCUCGUCAGGGGGCCAACGUAGGCAAACCACACGCCUCAGAACCCCCAACACCACCCCUACUCCUACCACAAUUGCCACAAAGGCAAGCCCAGAGAUAGAGACAGCUCGAGGCGCAGCUCGAGGCCCACAGAGAGGCCAAGUCCCAGUGGUAGUCCCACUCCCGGAGACAGCUAAAGCCACCGAGGUAACAUCAGUCCCACAGGUACCCUCAGUCCAACAGAAAAUCUCAGUCCCCCAGAAAGCCACAGUAACAGUAAUAGAGGCAGAGCUAGUCACAACAGAAGCUCCAGUCACAACAGCGGAAGUGGAGACAGCCACAGAGGAAGUGGUGACGACCACCAAGGCACCGGUAGUAGACCCAGAUGCUGAGCCAUGCAGCAGCAGGCCCUGGGACUCCCUAAUGCAGCUCAAGAACGGCUCUGUCUACGCCUUCAGAGGGGAGUGGUUCUUUGAGCUGGAUGAGAAGUCUGUGAUGCCCGGCUACCCCAAACUGAUCCAGGACAUCUGGGGUAUCAGAGGACCUAUAGAUGCUGCCUUCACUCGAAUCAACUGCCAGGGCAAGACAUACAUGUUCAAGGGUAACAAGUACUGGCGGUUUGAUGAUGGUGUGCUGGAGGAGGACUAUCCCAGGGAUAUCAACGUGGGCUUUGAGAAGAUACCAGACGACGUGGACGCAGCCUUCGCCAUAGCAGCCCCUGGACACCACGCCAAAGAGAAGGUCUACUUCUUCAAAGGUGACCAGUACUACCAAUAUGAGUUCAAGCACCAGCCAUCACAUGAGGAGUGUAUCAAGAUGUCAGCUGGGUCUCCCUCCGCUCUGUUCACAGCCUACACUGACAUCUACUAUAACAACUGGGAGGAACUCUUCAACAUGCUCUUCAGAGGCAUCCCCAACCACCAUGGUGGGCAUCGGUUCAUCAACAAGGACUGGAUCGGCAUCAAGGCCCCAGUGGACGCUGUCAUGACAGGCAGACUCUACAUCACCCCCAGGCCACUGGCCCCACCCCUGUCCCCACCGUUACCCCCUCUAUGGGACCGCAACGACAGAAGGCGCCAGCCAUGGGACCAACAGUGGGGGCAGUAUGGUCAACAGGAUCAGUUAAAUGGACAGCAAAAUGGGCAACAAUAUGGACAGCAGUGGGAACAGCAGUGGGGCCGCCGCAGAAAUAGGCGCCAGUCUUACUGGGGUGCUGGGACGGGAAUGGCUAUGGGGCAGGCGUUCGCAGAGAAGGGGAUUGAUGUAGGGAAAGGAUUCGCUGAGAGGGGGAUGGAUCUCGGUCGAAAGCUGGCGGAGAGGGGGAUGGCUAUGGAGGGGAUGUUUGGAGGGUGGGACAUGCGCCGGACGGAUGCCAGGGAUGAAGACAGAGACAGGGAUAGGAGGAGGGAUGACCGGGACAGGAGAAGAGAUGGAUUCAACUAUGACUCCAGAUACAACAUUGAGGAAAGGGCCUACUGGGAGUUUGUCAACAAGGGCCAGCCAGUGCAGAGCGUCUACUUCUUCAAGGGAGAUAAAUACUACAGAGUGGAUCUGAAAACCAAGAAAGUGGACCCAGCCAGCCCUCCUUACCCCAGGUCCAUCGGCAAGUACUGGCUGGGCUGCCCUGAAAAACACCUGGGGGCCGAGAAGAAAUAGUUUCACAACUGAAUAAAGAAACAUAUGUAGUAUGUCAAAACAUGUUUUACAUCAAAGACUCAAUUAGACAGUAAUUUGAAGCUAGAUAAUUUGAAGAAUCACAUCACAAAAAUGUUCUGAUGUGAGGACAGUUCUCGUUGUACCUGGAAUGCUUGUAUGUAACACUUUUAUAAUUAAACACAUUCUAACUGUAAA